AUGUCUCAACCAAACACCAUUUCACACAUCAUCACAUACAAUGCUCCCUGCGAAAGCGGCUCCGUCUUCAUAGCCGGAACCUUCUCGAAACCUGCCUGGCUUCUCCAAGAAAUGCAACGCUCAGCGCCAUCUGAAAACCCCAACACCCAUUCCAUUUCGGUCACAGUUGAGCCUGGAAAGGAAUAUCAGUACAGGUUCAAGUUAGGCAGAGAAGGACGUUGGGCUGUCGAUGAGCAAAAACCGAUUGUUAAGAGUGUCUUGGGGACCAAGAGCAAUAUUCUCCGAGUGAAGGAGCCUUCCAAACUCCCAAGCCGCAAUGAUUCCGUCAGCUUCACGGUCCCCCUCUUCGCCCAUGAACGACUCGGCGCCUAUACCCUUAGCGACGGCAGUGAAGCAGUCCAAGACACGGUUAGCGAGCUAGAUCUGCAAAAGGAAACCUCACCCAGAACUGUGAAUGACGCCCCGGUUGACUUGAACGACCCCACCCUCGAAAUGUUUCCCUGCGACAAGUCGUCCAUCAUGGGCACCCUACGGAAAAUCCAGUCCAGCCUCGGCGAGCAGCCCGUUGCUGCGGACGGGAACCGCACCGGCCGAAGAAGCAGUUCGGACUCGGAUGACAGCUCCUCGGGCGCCGUGAGCCCUACUUCCUUUCGACGCAGGGAAAAUCGACUGUCCAACGGCAGUAAACGCAAUUCUUCUAUCGCUUCGCUCGGCGCCAUCGCAGAAGAACCUUCUGGCGGAAUUCACAAACGCGAGCUUAGGAAAAUUGCAGAAGCUUCCAUGGGAGACUCUGGCGAAGCUCUCAUGAUGAAAUCCUCCAAAUGA